AUGUUUUCUCUGAUGUUACUGGUACAGCUACUAUUGCUUUGGUUUCCACUUGCUUGCGCCAAGGAGCUGCUGGACGUUUUCACAUCGUUAAGCACUAGUACCCCAAAUGGUAAUACUCCAAGAGUUCCGUGGGCCGCGUCCAUGCAAUUUUUAAUCACACCAAGUAUGGAUGCCAGAGCUCAGGAUACCUUUUCAUUAGACUUGCCCUGUACCCUCCUGGUUUAUGGGACCAACGGAGGCUCGUCAAUUGAUAUGAUUGAUCAAUCUGGAAAUAGUUUUGCAACCUGUGAACUAAUUAAUGGUUACCAUACCGGACCUUCAAGAAUUACCUGUACUUUGCAGCAGGAUGUAUUCUAUUCACCGGGACAGAUUAAUUUUGGAUUUGCUUGGAAUGUCGGCCAGUCGCCAAACUCAUAUUCACUCCAGUGCGCUGCCUCUUUUACAAGUCCCAGAAAUACCAUAACCUGGGGUGGGCAAUCUACGACAGUCACCAUCAAUAGAGAAAGUUUCUAUCAAAGCUCGGGUAUGGACAUGAGCCAUACUAUAAGUGCAAGCGCUGUUGACACGUACUAUUUGGGAUAUACUUGUUCAAGGACUUUUUCAGAAACGAUCGAACUCCAACUAAGAGGUAGUCCUUCAAGAACAGGAAGUAUUGUCUCGUGCGCCAAUGUAGAUGUUUACAUGACAAAUUCGCUGAAUUACUGGUAUAUGCCUAUGACUGCGGAGGCACUUCCUAGCUCAUCUACAGUUAACUGCGACGUUCGUACCAAUACAAUUACCAUCAAUGCAAACAAUAUACCUGCUGGUUACCAUGUUUUUGUAAAUGCAUUCCAAAGUAGACAAUUUCUUUCACAGGAAACCAUUCAGAACACUUUCAUAGAUACCAUAUAUUGUCGGAAUAGUCCAAAUACAAAUCGAUAUUCCAGAAGCUGGAAUUUCAUCAGGGGAAGCGGUAAUGGUGCUGCAAGCAUGCAAAUCAGUCUACCAACAACAAGAACAACAUCAUGGACUGGGACAGGCACAACCACAUAUCUAACGACACAAACAUCACCUAGAACGACAGUCGAGAUUAUCGUUGCAAACCCGCGUGUCAUGUCUACAACGUUUACGCCAUGGAGUGGAUCUUAUACCAGCACGAUCUCUACAUCAGUUGCUACAGCUACUGGAUCCGAUGGUAUUCCAACGAUCAGCACACUUUACUAUGUGGAGACUCCUGAGGUUAAUGUUGCAUCCACUACAUACACACCAUGGAGUGGAUCUUAUACCAGCACGAUCUCUACAUCAGUUGCUACAGCUACUGGAUCCGAUGGUAUUCCAACGAUCAGCACACUUUACUACGUCGAAACGCCAGAAGUGAAUGUUGCAUCGACAACAUACACACCAUGGAGUGGAUCUUAUACCAGCACGAUAUCUACCUCGAUCGAAACCAGUACCGGUUCCGACGGUAUUCCAACGAUCAGCACACUUUACUAUGUGGAGACUCCUGAGGUUAAUGUUGCAUCCACUACAUACACACCAUGGAGUGGAUCUUAUACCAGCACGAUCUCUACAUCAGUUGCUACAGCUACUGGAUCCGAUGGUAUUCCAACGAUCAGCACACUUUACUAUGUGGAGACUCCUGAGGUUAAUGUUGCAUCGACAACAUACACACCAUGGAGUGGAUCUUAUACCAGCACGAUAUCUACCUCGAUCGCAACCAGCACCGGUUCCGAUGGCAUUCCAACAAUCAGCACACUUUACUACGUCGAAACGCCAGAAGUGAAUAUUGCAUCGACUACAUACACACCAUGGAGUGGAUCCUACACUAGCACGAUAUCUACAUCAGUUGCUACAGCUACUGGAUCCGAUGGUAUUCCAACGAUCAGCACACUUUACUAUGUGGAGACUCCUGAGGUUAAUGUUGCAUCGACAACAUACACACCGUGGAACGGAUCCUACACUAGCACGAUAUCUACAUCAGUUGCUACAGCUACUGGAUCCGAUGGUAUUCCAACGAUCAGCACACUUUACUAUGUGGAGACUCCAGAGGUUAAUGUUGCAUCGACAACAUACACACCGUGGAACGGAUCCUACACCAGCACGAUAUCUACCUCGAUCGCAACCAGUACCGGUUCCGAUGGCAUUCCAACGAUCAGCACACUUUACUAUGUGGAGACUCCUGAGGUUAAUGUUGCAUCGACAACAUACACACCAUGGAGUGGAUCUUAUACCAGCACGAUAUCUACCUCGAUCGCAACCAGUACCGGUUCCGAUGGUGUUCCAACGAUCAGCACACUUUACUAUGUGGAGACUCCAGAAGUGAAUGUUGCAUCGACUACAUACACACCGUGGAACGGAUCCUACAGCAGCACGAUAUCUACCUCGAUCGCAACCAGUACCGGUUCCGACGGUAUUCCAACAAUCAGCACACUUUACUAUGUGGAGACUCCUGAGGUUAAUGUUGCAUCGACAACAUACACACCAUGGAGUGGAUCUUAUACCAGCACGAUAUCUACCUCGAUCGCAACCAGUACCGGUUCCGAUGGUGUUCCAACGAUCAGCACACUUUACUAUGUGGAGACUCCAGAAGUGAAUGUUGCAUCGACAACAUACACACCAUGGAGUGGAUCUUAUACCAGCACGAUAUCUACCUCGAUCGCAACCAGUACCGGUUCCGAUGGCAUUCCAACAAUCAGCACACUUUACUACGUCGAAACGCCAGAAGUGAAUAUUGCAUCGACUACAUACACACCAUGGAGUGGAUCUUUUACCAGCACGAUAUCUACCUCGAUCGAAACCAGUACCGGUUCCGACGGUAUUCCAACGAUCAGCACACUUUACUAUGUGGAGACUCCAGAAGUGAAUGUUGCAUCGACAACAUACACACCGUGGAACGGAUCCUACACUAGCACGAUCUCUACAUCAGUUGCUACAGCUACUGGAUCCGAUGGUAUUCCAACGAUCAGCACACUUUACUAUGUGGAGACUCCUGAGGUUAAUGUUGCAUCGACAACAUACACACCAUGGAGUGGAUCUUAUACCAGCACGAUAUCUACCUCGAUCGAAACCAGUACCGGUUCCGACGGUAUUCCAACGAUCAGCACACUUUACUAUGUGGAGACUCCAGAAGUGAAUGUUGCAUCGACAACAUACACACCAUGGAGUGGAUCCUACACUAGCACGAUAUCUACCUCGAUCGCAACCAGCACCGGUUCCGAUGGCAUUCCAACAAUCAGCACACUUUACUAUGUGGAGACUCCUGAGGUUAAUGUUGCAUCGACAACAUACACACCGUGGAACGGAUCCUACACUAGCACGAUCUCUACAUCAGUUGCUACAGCUACUGGAUCCGAUGGUAUUCCAACGAUCAGCACACUUUACUAUGUGGAGACUCCUGAGGUUAAUGUUGCAUCGACAACAUACACACCAUGGAGUGGAUCUUAUACCAGCACGAUAUCUACCUCGAUCGCAACCAGUACCGGUUCCGAUGGUGUUCCAACGAUCAGCACACUUUACUAUGUGGAGACUCCAGAAGUGAAUGUUGCAUCGACUACAUACACACCGUGGAACGGAUCCUACAGCAGCACGAUAUCUACCUCGAUCGCAACCAGUACCGGUUCCGACGGUAUUCCAACGAUCAGCACACUUUACUAUGUGGAGACUCCUGAGGUUAAUGUUGCAUCGACAACAUACACACCGUGGAACGGAUCCUACACUAGCACGAUCUCUACAUCAGUUGCUACAGCUACUGGAUCCGAUGGUAUUCCAACGAUCAGCACACUUUACUAUGUGGAGACUCCUGAGGUUAAUGUUGCAUCGACAACAUACACACCGUGGAACGGAUCCUACACCAGCACGAUAUCUACCUCGAUCGCAACCAGUACCGGUUCCGACGGUAUUCCAACGAUCAGCACACUUUACUAUGUGGAGACUCCUGAGGUUAAUGUUGCAUCGACAACAUACACACCGUGGAACGGAUCCUACACUAGCACGAUCUCUACAUCAGUUGCUACAGCUACUGGAUCCGACGGUAUUCCAACGAUCAGCACACUUUACUAUGUGGAGACUCCUGAGGUUAAUGUUGCAUCGACAACAUACACACCAUGGAGUGGAUCCUACACUAGCACGAUAUCUACAUUAGUUGCUACAGCUACUGGAUCCGAUGGUAUUCCAACGAUCAGCACACUUUACUAUGUGGAGACUCCUGAGGUUAAUGUUGCAUCCACUACAUACACACCAUGGAGUGGAUCUUAUACCAGCACGAUAUCUACCUCGAUCGCAACCAGUACCGGUUCCGAUGGUAUCCCAACGAUUAGCACGCUUUACUAUGUGGAGACUCCUGAGGUUAAUGUUGCAUCCACUACAUACACAUCAAGGAAUGGAUCUUAUACAAGUACAGCCUCGACUGGUACUACUGUACUUUAUGAUGCUAGCCAAAUUUUAAGUACCAGUACACACUUUUACGUGGAAACUUCAAAUGUAAAUAGAACAUCGACAACAUACACACCGUGGAGUGGCUCUUAUACCAGCACGAUAUCUACCUCGAUCGCAACCAGUACCGGUUCCGACGGUAUUCCAACGAUCAGCACACUUUACUAUGUGGAGACUCCUGAGGUUAAUGUUGCAUCGACAACAUACACACCGUGGAACGGAUCCUACACUAGCACGAUCUCUACAUCAGUUGCUACAGCUACUGGAUCCGAUGGUAUUCCAACGAUCAGCACACUUUACUAUGUGGAGACUCCUGAGGUUAAUGUUGCAUCGACAACAUACACACCGUGGAACGGAUCCUACACCAGCACGAUAUCUACCUCGAUCGCAACCAGUACCGGUUCCGAUGGUGUUCCAACGAUCAGCACACUUUACUACGUCGAAACGCCAGAAGUGAAUGUUGCAUCGACAACAUACACACCAUGGAGUGGAUCCUACACUAGCACGAUAUCUACCUCGAUCGCAACCAGUACCGGUUCCGACGGUAUUCCAACGAUCAGCACACUUUACUAUGUGGAGACUCCUGAGGUUAAUGUUGCAUCGACAACAUACACACCAUGGAGUGGAUCUUAUACCAGCACGAUAUCUACCUCGAUCGCAACCAGUACCGGUUCCGAUGGUGUUCCAACGAUCAGCACACUUUACUAUGUGGAGACUCCAGAAGUGAAUGUUGCAUCGACUACAUACACACCGUGGAACGGAUCCUACAGCAGCACGAUAUCUACCUCGAUCGCAACCAGUACCGGUUCCGAUGGCAUUCCAACAAUCAGCACACUUUACUAUGUGGAGACUCCUGAGGUUAAUGUUGCAUCGACAACAUACACACCGUGGAACGGAUCCUACACUAGCACGAUCUCUACAUCAGUUGCUACAGCUACUGGAUCCGACGGUAUUCCAACGAUCAGCACACUUUACUAUGUGGAGACUCCUGAGGUUAAUGUUGCAUCGACAACAUACACACCAUGGAGUGGAUCUUAUACCAGCACGAUAUCUACCUCGAUCGCAACCAGUACCGGUUCCGACGGUAUUCCAACAAUCAGCACACUUUACUAUGUGGAGACUCCUGAGGUUAAUGUUGCAUCGACUACAUACACCCCAUGGAGUGGAUCUUAUACCAGUACGAUAUCUACCUCGAUCGCAACCAGUACCGGUUCCGACGCUAUUCCAACGAUCAGCACACUUUACUACGUCGAAACGCCAGAAGUUAAUGUUGCAUCCACAACGUUGACAACAUGGGGUGGAUCCUCCACAAGUACAGCCUCGACUGGUACUACUGUACUUUAUGAUGCAAGCCAAAUUUUAAGUACGAGUGCAAAUGUGGACGUUGGAUUUCCAACAUCUGCUCAUUAUUGCAAUUCAAGUAGGAGUACGCUGCAGAUAUCUAGCCAGCCACCAGCGAAUUCUUUUCAAACGACGAUGUCUUUUUCUGUCUCAACUUUAACUCCUGCAGAUACGACACAAUUGACCCCAACAUAUGGUGUUACAAAUAGCGUUGAAUCAUCGUACCCCUUGCCAGUCAGUAGCGGAGUGAUGUUUUCGACAAACAGCGGUAUCGUAACUACCAAUGAUGGUGAGAUCUCUUCUAAUAGUGUUGAGUCAUCUUUGACUAAUAGCAAGAUAGCAGAAACCAGUGUGUUUACGUCUCCAUACAGCAACGUGAAAUCCUUCACUACUUACGAGAUAUCUCCCUCUGUUAGCGUAUAUUCUUCCAAAAGUGAGAAAGAUUCAACCUCAGCAGAUAAUGACGAUAGUACUGGAGUAUCUCACACGAAAUCAACGUCAACACAAAACAAUAUAAGAACUUCCACUAAAUCGGAGUACAGCAUGGUCACGCCUGUACAGGUGGUAAGUUCCGCGAGAACCAUGCCAGAGACACCGCGAGUCACUGUCUCCGUUAACGGGCCAUCUUUAUCAUCUGGAGGUGAUUCGUACACUCUGUCUACAGUGCAGGAAGAGCGAUCUUCUAGUGCAUCUCUUACUGUUUUUUCAACCGGAAAAUUUACUAGUGACAAGGCCAUAUCUCAGUCGGAAUCUUCAUAUUAUUCGCUAGAUAUUCCAAGGAGCUCCUUACAUGUUACGAGUAUGAUGGUAUCUAAAUCAGAAUCAUUUCAUAAAAGUUCUAGUUUGGUUAAUUCCCCUACUUUCAGCCAAAAAACGAGCUUCGUCAGCGUCCAAAAUGUUGGUGAUCAUUCCGACAUCUUUUCAUCACCAAGCAUGAGGGCAGCAUCAAACUCUCUUACUGAUAGUUUGUUGCCUCCAAAAAGCUCCGAACUUUUCACCGUUUCGUAUCAUAGUCAGAUUGGCAUCUCCAGUGAAGGAAGUAUAAUUGCAACUUUGUCGCAAACAGACACCAAACCUUAUAAAAGUGACGGUGGCCCUAGAUCACCUCCGACUUCGACACAAACUGAUUCUUAUUUUGGUACAGUAAGGGCACAUACUUCCGUUCGUUCCUCUAUCGAAGCUCAAAAUCCAUCUCAAAAUUUGCUCUCUGGUUCAGACAUAUCUUCAACUCGAGAUGAAGAAAUUCAUGUUACACCAUCCUACCGUGUGACAAGUAAUGAAAUACCAACUACUGCCCUCCGUGUGACAACACUUUUGGGCACUGAGAGCGCAGUUGAUAGAAGGUCUUCUGACUUACAAGCAACAGAAACGUCGACGGCUGCAUCAAGUACUUCAAUGUCAAUUAGAACAUUUGAGGGUAGUGCACACAGAGUGAAGGCCUCCUGGAUUUUUGCGUUUCCGUUAGCUUUCUGGUAG